CCUCACUUUCUUAUAUAUUCCCCUUCUUUUUUCUCAUCAAUAUAAACAAUUAUUUAUCAAUAAUUACUACGACUAAUAAGUGUUAAGUAAUGGCGGCGGAGCCACCGUUGUCUGAAACCGAAGAGUCUACUUGCAACUCCUCGUCCUCUUGGUCGCCCACCCACAAGCGGCCCAGAGACAACGGCGGCGGCGGCGGGAGGAGUGAUCUGAAGCAUCCGUCGUACGUGGGAGUGAGGAUGCGGGCUUGGGGAAAAUGGGUAUCCGAAAUCCGGGAGCCCAGGAAGAAAUCUCGGAUCUGGCUCGGCACGUUCGCCACGCCGGAGAUGGCUGCCCGGGCCCACGACGUCGCCGCCAUGUCCAUCAAGGGCCGUUCUGCGCUCCUCAACUUCCCCGACCUCGCCGGAGUUUUGCCCCGCCCUCCCACGUGUCUCCCGCACGACGUCCAGGCCGCCGCCCUCAAAGCCGCUCAGAUGAGUCACCUCGACCCGCCGCCGAACAAGCCGGUUUCCUCCACGCCAUCUCCGGCGUCGUCUUCCUCGCUGGGGUCCGUCGUGACUUCCGCGGAGACGGCGGACGCUGCCGCGUCACCGUGUCCGGCUGAGCUGGGGGAGAUAGUAGAGCUGCCGGAGCUGCAGCCAGAUUGCACCGAGUCGAUAACUCGGAUCGAGUACGCGUUCAUCGACUCGUUCUGGUGGGAUUACUGCCAACCUUUGCCACACGGCGUGGAUGACGGCAUUGACGGGUUCGAGGCGGUGUUUUCCGGCGAUUUUCAGAGCUGCUUGUGGCAGCAUUUAAUUCCACCACCUUGAGCAGAAAAAUUAAAGAUGUUUGCUUGUG